ACGGGGAGGGAUGCGACACGAUAGACGAUGGAAGACGGCGAUACCCUUGAUUGAGACGAUUCAGGAGAGUUUCAUCCACCAAAAAGCCGUGCCGACUGAACUAUGCGGAGGACUUGAAAGCGUGGGGCAAAGAUGGCAUAACCUAAAUCUCCGAAGAGGUUUGCUAGCGUAUCGUCUCAUUUCAGGUAGUCGUCCAACUCGGCGAAAAUUGCGUCGUUUGGCACUAGUUGUACUCUCCGAAAUGAAGCGCCUGGAACCGCCCCUGCUCGGGCCAAUAGGCCCCUCCUCGCGGGCUGACCGGGCGGACAGGCCCCUCCUCGCCGGCGACAUGCACCCGUUUACAAAGCAUAUACAACCUUCGAGCCGCCCCGUCUGCCUGCGCUUAUCCCGUCACUCUGCGCUCGGUCACUGCCGCGUGACGGGCCGUGUCGGAUUGAGCUCUGCGCGUGCUGCUUUAGGGUUAUCGUGACGCUGACCAGCCGGUGACGUUCCAGCACGCUUCAUGUCGAACCCAGAACCUCACGUCACAGACGUCAAAGAGGGCGCAAGCGCGCCGUCGUCGGCGCGUUUCGUCGUCGUGGAUACGGACCUGGGCGUCGACGACGCUCAAGCUAUCGGCAUGCUGCUGUCGGCCGAGCGGCGUGGCGAGCUGCGCGUACUGGGAAUCACCACCGUGGCCGGCAACACCAGCGUCAAGAACGCCACGCGCAAUACACGCCGCCUGCUCGCCACAUACGGCCGUCUGGACGUGCCUGUGUAUGCUGGCGCUCACUGCUUCCUGCUGAGUGGAACAGAUGACCCUCCUUACCAAUACCACGGGGAGAACGGGCUCGGUAACGCCCGCUUCGAGGAGCCGCUGCCCGCAGUCAAACAGCGGCCGGAGCAUGCCGUGACGGCACUCUCUCGCCUCGCCAGCGAGCACAAAGGGGAGCUGACGGUCGUGGCACUGGGACCACUAACAAAUAUCGCCUUGGCUGCACGCAUGGACCAGGAGUUCAUGACGAAUAUCAAUGAUAUCUACCUUAUGGGUGGAAACUACACAGGUCAGACAUAUGCGUGUCUUCAUUUAUGAUGUGAUCCAACGUGUAUGCAUGAACUGUCACUGACUUUCUGCGCAUUAUGCGCUUGCACUGUCCCACCAUCAGUGGCAUUUAUAUGUGCCUUUACGAUUUCACUGGGUAGCCAAAACGUUUUGGCUCUGCCUGGAGCUCGCUGUUUCGUCACCUUUGACGGCAGAGGAGGAGGAUGGGAGGAGGGCCGGGACGGGCGGCGAGUCCUUUUGCUAAACUUGUGCCCGGCAUACCAGAGCGAAACAAAACAAAAAAA